UGAAACGUCAAAUUUGACAGUUAUCAUGUUUACGGGAAGAUGAGGUGUUUUAUUUUGUCUGGUUUUUAGUUAGAAACUUCUAAAAAAAAUUUAAAAUGUUACAGCGAUUAAUUUAUAGUAGUUUUGAACUGAAAAUAACUCGUAAAAAUUCACAGUUACUGUUUAAUAUUCCGACAAAAGCUUCAUUGUGUCAACAGUGUGGAACCAGGUUAUACUCUCGAUACAAAACGCCAGUAAUAAGAAAUUAUUAUGAAAGAAACUUCUAUAAUAAAUAUGGGACAUUCAAUCCUAAGAUCCGGUGGUAUACAACCCAAGUGGAUGCUGAUAAGAAAAAUGAGCCUAUCGGAAAUGUUGAAGAAAAAAAUGAUAUAGUAUCUACGAAAAAGAUCAAUGUCAAAUUAAAGACAUCAGAUUUAAAACGAUUAUUUUCACUAGCAGAGCCUGAAAAAUGGACCCUAGCUGGUGCUAUUGGUUUCCUGGUAGUAUCGUCUAGUGUUACUAUGGCUAUACCAUUCUCUCUGGGAAAGGUGCUGGAUAUCAUAUACAGUAGCACAAGUGACCUGGGCGCUGCCCGGGAGAAGCUGGACACUUUAUGUUUGAUGUUGUGUGGAGUAUUCCUUAUUGGAGGCCUUUGUAACUUUGGCAGGGUUUAUUUGAUGUCUAUAUCAGGACAAAGAAUGACACAAUCUCUUCGCAAGCAAGUUUAUGGUGCAAUAAUGAGACAAGAACCUGCUUGGUUUGGCAGAACUUCAACUGGAGAACUAGUAAACAGGUUAUCAGCUGACACACAGCUCGUUGGUCGGAACCUUAGUCAAAAUGUCAGUGACGGGUUGCGCUCACUUUUCAUGGUUGGUGCGGGGACUGGGAUGAUGAUUUACAUGUCACCAUCCCUGGCGCUGAUUGGGUUAUGUGUGGUGCCCCCGGUGUCUAUGUUGGCUGUGAUAUACGGGAGAUUUGUGCGCGGUAUUACAAAGCAGCUACAGGAUGCAUUGGCUGAGUCUAGCGAGUUGGCUGAAGAGAAGAUCUCUAACAUAAAGACUGUAAAAGCAUUUAGUAAAGAAGAAGCAGAGUGUAAAACUUAUGCACAACGAAUAGAAAAUUUAUUGACACUUGCAUAUAAGGAGUCGUUGGCUGUUGGCAGCUUCUAUGGACUGACGGGACUCGCAGGGAACACGAUAAUUAUCCUAGUCCUUUACUAUGGAGGUGGUAUGGUUGCUACAGAACAGCUCACAGUCGGUAACCUGACGUCAUUCCUUUUGUACGCUGCGUACGUGGGCAUCAGUAUUGGUGGACUAAGCACUUUCUAUACAGAACUGAAUAAAGGGCUAGGUGCAGCGACUCGGCUGUGGGAUAUUAUUGAUAGACAACCUGCUAUUCCUGUCUCAGGUGGCAUGAAACCAGCACAGAGGCCUAAAGGCGAACUGAUUCUAGACAACGUAUUCUUUACAUACGCUGAAGCGCCGUUACUCAAAGGAGUGAACUUGCACCUUCGACCGGGAAGGUCAAUAGCCUUGGUCGGCAGGUCGGGAUGCGGCAAGAGUACUAUAGCUUCGUUGAUAAUGAGGUUAUAUGACCCUAAUAAGGGUAGGGUGCUAUUAGAUGGCGUGGAUAUCAAAGACUUGGAUCCCGUAUGGCUGAGGAGUCACAUUGGUUUUGUUAGCCAGGAACCAGUAUUAUUUAGCGGAACAAUAAAAGAAAAUAUUCUAUAUGGUGCUUUAGAUGAAGAUCUCGAUAAACAAUUAUUAAACGACAUAAAUGAUAAAGAAGACUUGCCGUGGAUGGCAGCAGCUCGCACGGCGCAUUUACAAGAGUUAGUACACGCUACUAGCGACGGGUUUAACAGGCAGGUCGGCGCUAGAGGCGGACAGCUCAGCGGUGGACAGAAACAGAGGGUUGCUAUAGCUAGGGCUAUUGUUAAGAACCCAAAAAUCCUUAUAUUAGACGAAGCUACCUCAGCACUGGACGCGUACUCCGAAUUUUUAGUAGACAACGCUCUGAAGGAAAUCAGUAAAGAUCGAACUGUUCUCACUAUUGCUCAUAGACUUAGUACUAUUCAGUCAGCGGAUGAAGUAGCGGUUAUGGAGAACGGGGUCAUCAUAGAAAGGGGACCCUACCAAGAACUGAUAACGAAACCAUGCGGUUUCUUCAAGGAACUUAUGAACCACCAAACAUUCGCAAAGAAAAGUCACGAACCAGACGUAAAACAACCUUCAUAACAUAUACUCUUAUUUAAAUGUCCCUAAAUUGUGAACGUGUUGUCGAAACAAGUACCUAGAUGCAAUUUUUAAAUAAUAGUUUUAAUUUUUUCCAAUGUUAUCUAUAUAUUUAUGUAAUUGAUAUGUUAAUUAAUCUUUUUAAACUAUGUUAUUCAAAUAGUGGGCAGUAAAAACCUGCAUUAUACAAAACAUACUUACUUCCUGUUAUUAGUUAAAAUAUUUUAAUGGUCAUUAGAAAAACAUAGUAAAAUAUUUUAUAAAUGAACGCUAAUGUUUAUUUAUCAGUGGCUAGGGUGUACGGUUUCACUAGGAAAUUCGACCCUAAACAUGAGCAGGAAUUGAAACCUUUUUUCAGAAAUACAUGUUGCCAUGUUUAGAAAUGAAGAUAAUAAAAGAAACUUUAUAAAUCCUUAGCCACUUAUUUAUCCUGAAUAAGUGUGAUAAAUGCUAUAAUUAGGUGAUAGUCUAUUUUAUUUUAUUUAUGUGGCAUGGAACAAAUGCAAUACCUAUGUGGGCUUAAUGUGUUCAAAAUGACGGAAAGUCAAAUUGUUACAUAUUAUUAUGUAAUUUAUUAAAUUAAAUUUUAUCUUAUAAGAUUUAAAUCUAUAGAGUGACAAACGGGUAAAGGAAUAUUUUUGUCUGACACAAAUAAAGUGGUUGUCGUUAUUUUAAUAAUG